AUGGCUCCCAUCCCUAUGCCUGCUCGCGGCGCCCAUACCACGCCUCGGUUCGACUCUACCAAGCCUGCCGCCAUCACCACCACGCUCGAGAAAAAGAAGGCGUGCUCACGCUACUUGUCAGUUGCAGACCAAGAACUGGUCGAAGGCCUUGACGAGUUCAGCGACGCCACCAAGACCUACGAGGAAUUCAAGAAAGCGGCUUUAGCGCACUAUGCGGGCAACGACGAAGACCACUUACACACCUUGAAAGACUGGGACGCGCAUCUCCCGACGGAGCUGGCCACGUUCUACCGCACCUUUGUCCAUAUGGGCAAAUUCCUCAUCGCCAAGAAGCGUCUCUCCGAAACGGAGCAAAGCCACGUGUUCCUGCGCGCACUGCAGCCUGCUUCGCUCCAAGCCGCUGUCAAGCAGUGCCUCCAAAUCAUCCGCCCAAACAUCCACGCUGACGACCCGUAUGAGCUGAAAGACUUGUACGAGGCAGCGAAAUCCCACUGGCGGGGGCCCCAUCCACUUUCCUGUCCACCACCGACUCCCUCGUAA